UAUUUGCGCGGAGAAGAAGAAGAAACAAAGCAAAAACAGACAUGUUCCCUUCUGUGAAGGUAACAUGAUAAUUAAGAAUAUUACAACGUCGACUUUGUCUCAACGCUAUUGUGAAAUGAAAUAUCAGACUGUUUCUUUGACAGAUAUCGUCAUCCCACAGACUCUGGCUUGUGUCAUUGCUGACUGUGGGAUCAUUUCGACGCCCGCACACGGUGACGUCAGGUGUACAGGUACGACGUACGGUGAGACGUGCCAUCUCACCUGUCAUGACGGGUACGAACGGCUGAGCCGAGACAACUUCACCUGCCAGGUACACGGAGACAAACCCACCUGGAGUGGGGAACCAGAGUGUAUUCCAGUGAGUUGUGGAACCCCUCCCGAGUUCCCCCACACCACCAUCCAGCGCGCCAGCGGACGCACCUACGGGAACACCUGCGGAGUCACCUGUGCGGACGGGUACGAAGGAACGAACCACCAGAGGGUCACCUGUCACAGUACCGGCAACUGGAGCCUACAGGCGGAAGCGCUCCAGCCAGUUGUUGGUGGACCAGAUCUGUUCUGUCAGAGGAAGGACUGUGCCAGACUCCCUCCCCCUGCCCACGGCAGCCUGACGUGCAGCGGGACCAGGUACCAGGACUCCUGCCGCCUGACGUGUGAGCCGGGCUACAAAGUUGCCGAGGAGAGCGGCCUUCUUCUCCACAGUCUCUACAACUUCAGGUGCACGGCAAAUGGACAAUGGAACAAAAAGCCAAGCUGCGUCCCAUCAGACUACUGCCAGCUCGGGCUGCACGACUGCCACCCUGAGCACGGGGUCUGCAGCCUGACGGGUCACCAGGCCUUCAGCUGCCGCUGCCGGGUCGGGACGGUCGGGAACGGGACGCACUGUGAACGGACCCUCUGUCCGCCUUUCCCGGUCACUGAACCGGAGAAUGGGUUCUUCUCGUGUUCUAUCCCGACAUCCUCAGCAGCCGACACCUGCCAAUCAGCCAACAGCACACAGCCGGAGUACGAGGUCGUCUGCGUGCUCCACUGUAACCAUGGUUACGACAGGCUGAUCUAUGCCGAGUACUCCUGUAGACACGAUGGGAACUGGGACAUUCCUUUCAACCCAAAGAGCCCAGGAACCACAGCCUGUUUAGCUGUGAAAUGCCCGGACCUGUCUAGCCCCCUUCACGGCAGAAUGACCUGCAAUAGCGGCUACAGUUUCCGCUAUCCCGAGGCCUGCAGCUUCGCCUGCGACCGAGGCUACGAGCUGACGUCCACAAGCAGCCACGAGAGACAUUGUCAAACUGACGCAACCUGGUCAGGAAACAACACCGAAUGCAUCGCUGUGCAGUGCCCGACCCUGUACAGCCCCGCCCAUGGAAGAAUGUCCUGUAACCAUGGCUACUCCUUCCGCUAUCCCGAGAACUGUACCUUCAGCUGUAACCAUGGUUACAACCUGUAUGCCGGCAGUACCAGUCGGAACUGCCCGGCGGAUCGCACGUGGUCGGGCAGCUCUGCCAGAUGUACCCGUUGCCCAGACGGGUACGUUUACUACCAGCCCAACCAACUGUGCUACAAGGCCUUCAACCAGCGGGGAAACUACGACGAAGCAGCCGCGACCUGUUCUUCAGACGGUGGAACUCUCGCCAUGCCCCGGGAUGCGGGCAUCAACAGGUUCCUCAUCAACCUGAAGAAUGCCGUCGAUAACAACGCGUUGUUCUGGUUCGGAAUGACUGACCGCGUCCGAGAAGGCAGCUGGGUAUGGGCUGAUGGUGUUCCUCUCGGACACUUCAAGCGGUGGGAUCCAAGACAACCCGACGACGCGUACGGCAAUGAGGACUGUGUGCAUUAUUUUGCAGGGAAUUCUGCCAUAUAUGUUAGGAACAGUUGGAACGAUUAUCCGUGUUCUGCCGCCUAUCUGAAGUUCAUUUGUCAGGUCGCUAGUUGAAGCAUCGUACGUUUUAUGAAUAGUGCCUAGCUUAAUAUCCAAAAAUGGACAUCAUGUUGGCCACACAAAAUCACCGUGACAGGAUUACAUCAUAUCUACAAAUCGUUCGGGUUUCAUUCUUGGGGGGAUCGACUCACGCACAUUAUGUAUAUCUGUAUCUGUAUCUAUAUAGCCGGUAUAAGCGCCCUUCGGCGUAACACGCCACCUUCUGUAUCUGUAUCUAUAUCUAUAUAGCCGGUAUAACCGCCCUUCGGCGUAACACACCAGU